AAUAGGCUCUCUGUUUGGCAUAGCUCUGAGAUCCAACUAUGGAGUUUUUGGACGAGGACGCAAGGCCAAGGUUCCUCUUCCAAUCGAAAGCAGGGGCUUCUUCAGCCACAGACCCAGAACCCCAUUACAAGAAUCUCAACAAACCAUUCAUUGCCUUUACAAUAUUACUCUCAAUUCUAUUACUGGGUCUCUCCUUCUUCUUCCUCCAAUCCGAACCCUACCAAUCUCUCCUCAUCUGGGUUGCUCUCUCCAUCCUUGUCGGCCCCUUCGCUCCCGCUUCAGUCACAGGCGGUGACAUCCGCGUCGGUCACGGCCAAAUCCUCGACCUCCCUGAAAUCACAACCCAAGUAGAGGAGGAAUCGAAGAAGAGGGUGUCUCAAAAGAGAUCAAAGCCGCGUCGAUUUGAUGAGGGCGCAGAUUCGACACCGGUGGCCGAAACUUUUAAUGGGCCUGUGAGAGAAGAGAAAAAGCGUGAGGUUUCCGAAGGUAAUGGUAACGGGUCUAUGGUGUUUGAUGAAGAGACGGAUUGGGUUGAAGAGGAUGUUGAGUUUUUGAAGAAACUGCUCUUGAAGCACCCGGUAGGGAAGCUGAGACGGUGGGAGGUUAUUUCCGAGUCGUUUCGGGGAAAGCAUAAGGUGGAGAGUGUGAUCAAGAAGGCCAAAGAAUUGGGAGAGAAGAAAGUGACUGAUUCAGAUUCUUAUGCAGAGUUUUUGAAGAAGCGUAAGCCCAAUGACAAGAAAAUCGAGAGUGAGAGUCAAGACUUGGGUGAUGAGUUGGUGGUGGAAAAUGGUGAAGUGAAGAAAGAGAGCAAUGGUGGUGGGGUGAGUUGGGCUUCUACUGAAGACAUUGCAUUACUCAAUGCCCUGAAGUCGUUUCCCAAGGAUGUGUCGAUGAGGUGGGAGAAGAUUGCAGCUGCUGUGCCCGGGAAGUCAAAGGCGGCUUGUAUGAAGAGAGUUGCCGAGUUGAAGAAGGGUUUUCGGAGCUCCAAGGCUUCAACAGAAGAGUAGAUGAAGCAAGGGAAAAUUGUCUGAUCAAUUUGGAAUUGGAUAUGCAUUUUGCAUUGAUGAGGUAAUUUGAUGAUUCAUUGAUUUCUUUGUUUUUUCUAUUGAAAUUGAGAAUCAUUGCCUAUGUUUGAUUCCAUUGCAAUUUUAUAUCAUAAUUCCUAUGGCAUUUGGUGAUUGCCAUUACAAACAUAUGAUAGUUGUAACUGAAUUCUUCUUUUACGAAUAAAAACCAAGUUAUACGGUUUGAUA